AUGCCGAACCCAAUCCGCGCCGACAUCACCACGAUUGACAGCACGUCCUUCCCGUAUAUCUUCGAACAAAACGUUACCAUCACCCUCAAGGACAAUUCUGGCCUCGUUCGCUGCAACGUAUAUCGUCCCAAAUCGCCUGAAAAAGUCCCAGUUCUUGUAACAUACGGCCCCUAUGGCAAGGAUAUCCCCUACGCCGACUUCCACCCAAAAUCCUUCUCUGAAGUUAAUCCGGAGCACCGCUCGCAACACUCAGCAUGGGAAACACCAGACCCCGCAUUCUGGACGAAAAAGGGCUACGCGGUUGUGCGCGCCGAUGAGCGCGGAACAGGGCAAUCGCGCGGAAAACUCGACACCAUGUCCCGCGAGACCAGCGAGGCAUUCUUUGACGUCGUCGAAUGGGCCGCAGAGCAAGAAUGGUCAUCUGGGAAGGUCGGAUUGCUGGGGAUUAGCUACUAUGCUGGGUCGCAGUGGCGAGUCGCUGCACGGCAGCCGAAAGGCCUUGCGUGCAUAAUUCCGUGGGAGGGCAUGUCGGACUAUUAUCGGGAUCGGUGUCGGCAUGGUGGCAUUCUGUCGAACUCGUUCAUUUCAUUCUGGUGGAAUCGCCAAGUUCUCAGCAACCAGUAUGGACGGCCUGGACGUGCUGCCAGGAACUGGGGGGUGGAUACAAUCGAGGGUGAUCUCGUAGAAGAAGAACUUGAGGCGAACAGACAGGAUCAGACCGUUGACAAUAGGAUCAAUCGGUUCAGGGAUGACCUGUACUACGCGAGUAAGGAGUAUACCAUGUCUGAUAUACAGGUUCCUCUCCUCUCUGUUGCCAACUGGGGCGGCAUCCUCUUGCAUCUAAGGGGCAACGUUGAAGGGUACACCCAAGCCGGUAGUCAGCUCAAAUACCUCCGCUUUAUCACUGGACGCCACGACCUCCCAUUCUACUACAAAGAAGAAGUCGACAUUCAGCUGAGCUUUCUCGACGCAUUCCUAAAAGGGGACGACCGCGCUGGAUGGUCGACUGGGACCGCGCCCAAAGUCGACCUCGUCCUCCGCAAAGGUGACGUAGGCUUUAACAACGCCGAAGCUGAGAAGACGUACGCUCGCCGCGUGGAAAACGAGUGGCCAAUUGCGCGGACGCAGUAUACAAGGUUCUACCUCACCCCGAAUCGGGAACUACUUACCACUCCACCGGAACAGAAGGGAUACAGCAAGCUCAGCUAUGCCGCCUUGGGAAACAUCGAGAACCCGUCGUUUAUUCAGUUCACGACUCCACCAUUCGAGCACGAAACAGAGAUAACAGGCCACAUCGUCGCGCACCUGAAUGUCUCUAUGAGCCCUAAUCCCGGAGCUCCUACCCCCACGGAUAUAGAUCUUUUCCUGACCCUACGGUACAUCUCCCCUGAAGGAAAAGAAGUUUACUACACAGGGACGGCUGGGGACCCCGUUCCGCUCUGCAAGGGCUGGCUACGUGUGAGUUUGCGCAAGGUCAACGACAAACACGCCCGGCACAGGGAGUACCUCCCGCACCGGGACUACUUCUCUACGGACGUCCAGCCUGUUAUUCCUGGAGAAGUCUACCCCGUUGACGUAGAGAUCUGGCCGACAAAUGUUGUCGUUGAGAAAGGCGGCCAGAUUGUUCUUGAGGUCGCGUCUGGGGAUACUCAGGGGAGUGGAAUUUUCCUGCACAAUGAGCCGACAGACAGUGGAGUCAGCCUGCAUAUCCUAGAUGUUUUCCAUGCACCCGAUGUGGACGCCGUGGUCCCGAAUACUGCCCGUCCUUGGUUGGCCCAGCCGGCGAGUCCGAAAAUGUCAGCAUCCAACGAAUCCUCGGCGCCCAAGAACCUCCGUCCCCUCUCCAGAUACAUAACAACCCACAAUGCCGCCGGAAAAGCAAUCUUCUCCGAAUCUAUUGCGCCGACUAUGCCUGUAACACCGAUCCCCGACGGCGCCGACUUCUCCCUGGCAUACACUUCCCCGACAAUCCCGGCCUCCUUCGCCAACGAAACCGACAUCGCCGCUUAUGCCAGCUACCUGGAACCGGGAAACUCGCCGGGCCUGGUGAUCUCAACAGGCUCUGUCUGCCGGAUCGUCGAUAUGCCGCCUAAUGCACUAUCGUCCAUGCAUAGAACGGUGUCGCUGGAUUACGGCGUUGUGCUGGAGGGCGAGGUGCAGCUCGAGUUGGAUAGCGGAGAAACGAGAUUGCUCAAGAGAGGAGACGUUGCCGUGCAGCGCGGAACGAACCAUGCAUGGAGAAAUGUCACACCCCCGGGGGAGGAUGGGCAGGCCCAGUGGGCGAGGAUGCUGUAUGUGCUGCUGCCGGCGAAAACAGUCGAGAUUGAUGGGAAGGCGUUGGGAGAGGAGCUGGGCCACAUCGGCGUGCGGUCGAGUACUUAA